UCCUCCCCCUCCAGCUUGCUCCCUCCUCCUCUGCCUCCUCCCCUCCUGCCAGUACAGUACAACUAGUACACACACUCACACACACACACGGACCCUGCCGCUGCCACUGCAGCUACCAUGGAUAUCAGCUAACAACACACACCCAGGCGCGCGCGCGCUCCCACUCGCACCACGCAGGAGUGGCCCCCGGCAUCCCUACCCUCCUUCCCCACCCCCACCCCACUCGCUCACCAGCUCGGCUACCGCUCGCUCAGGCUGCCGCCGCCGCCGCCGCCGUCGCCGCCACCACCACAGCUCUCCUCUGCUGCGGGGCCACAGCCUUGAGUGUCAUUCAAGGGACAGCACAACCUCACCCAAGCUCUCCUACCUCUGCCCAGCCGUCCCUCUCAUCCUCCCCCUUCAUCAUCCACACUCCAUCCAAAGAAGAGGGAAAGCACCGAACAGAAGGGGGAGGAAGGCAAAGUCUGCUCUUCUCACCUCUUGGCCCCCUUGUUCCUCCAUCCUCAUUCUCACCACCAACUCCCCUACCCGAAAGGAACCCCUCAGGAGCUGAGGCGACUCACCCCACUGCCAUGUCCAAAAGCUUGAAAAAGAAAAGCCACUGGACUAGCAAAGUCCAUGAGAGUGUCAUUGGCAGGAACCCGGAGGGCCAGCUGGGCUUUGAACUGAAGGGGGGCGCCGAGAACGGACAGUUCCCCUACCUGGGGGAGGUGAAGCCCGGCAAGGUGGCCUAUGAGAGCGGCAGCAAGUUGGUGUCGGAGGAGCUGCUGCUGGAAGUGAACGAGACCCCCGUGGCGGGGCUCACCAUCAGGGACGUGCUGGCCGUGAUCAAACACUGCAAGGACCCCCUCCGACUCAAGUGUGUCAAACAAGGAGGAAUUGUUGAUAAGGAUCUUCGUCACUACCUCAAUUUACGAUUUCAGAAGGGUUCUGUGGACCACGAACUUCAGCAAAUCAUCCGUGACAACCUCUACCUCCGCACGGUGCCAUGCACCACAAGGCCACAUAAGGAGGGUGAGGUCCCCGGAGUGGACUACAUUUUCAUCACCGUUGAAGAUUUUAUGGAAUUGGAGAAAAGCGGUGCUCUCCUAGAAAGUGGGACUUAUGAAGACAAUUACUACGGCACGCCAAAGCCUCCAGCAGAACCAGCACCCUUAUUAUUAAAUGUGACAGACCAGAUUCUUCCAGGAGCCACUCCAAGUGCUGAAGGAAAACGGAAGAGGAAUAAAUCAGUGAGCAACAUGGAGAAAGCAAGUAUAGAGCCUCCUGAGGAAGAAGAGGAAGAGAGACCUGUGGUCAAUGGAAACGGAGUAGUAGUAACACCAGAAUCCAGUGAACAUGAAGACAAGGGUGCAGGUGCCUCAGGGGAGACACCCUCCCAGCCUUAUCCUGCACCAGUGUAUAGUCAGCCUGAGGAGCUGAAGGAGCAGAUGGAUGACACAAAACCAACUAAACCUGAAGAGAAUGAAGAGUCAGACCCAUUGCCUGAUAACUGGGAAAUGGCCUAUACAGAGAAGGGUGAAGUCUACUUCAUUGACCAUAACACAAAGACAACAUCAUGGCUGGAUCCACGACUUGCGAAAAAGGCUAAACCUCCAGAAGAAUGCAAAGAGAAUGAGCUUCCGUAUGGCUGGGAAAAAAUCGAUGAUCCCAUAUAUGGCACUUAUUAUGUUGACCACAUAAAUAGAAGAACACAGUUUGAAAACCCCGUCCUGGAAGCAAAAAGGAAGCUACAGCAACAUAACAUGCCCCACACGGAACUUGGAACAAAGCCCCUGCAGGCGCCGGCUUUCCGAGUAGACGGUUCCUGGUGGACAUUACCUAAGCCCACAUCCACCUGCCCUCACGCAGUCCCCGAGAGGUCGCGCAGCGUGAAUGACUUGUCUUACUAUCUGCGCGACCGCGCCAGGAGGCCCUGGCCCUUCGAAAAACCACUCUUCACCCGGGAUGCAUCCCAGUUGAAGGGAACAUUCCUCAGCACCACCCUAAAAAAGAGCAACAUGGGUUUUGGAUUCACCAUCAUUGGUGGAGAUGAGCCUGAUGAGUUUCUGCAGGUGAAAAGCGUGAUUCCGGAUGGGCCUGCAGCGCAGGAUGGGAAAAUGGAAACAGGUGAUGUCAUUGUCUAUAUUAAUGAAGUUUGUGUCCUUGGACAUACUCAUGCAGAUGUAGUCAAACUUUUCCAGUCUGUUCCUAUUGGUCAGAGUGUCAACCUGGUAUUGUGUCGUGGCUACCCUUUGCCCUUUGAUCCUGAAGAUCCUGCUAACAGCAUGGUGCCACCCCUUGCAAUAAUGGAGAGGCCACCUCCAGUGAUGGUCAAUGGAAGACAUAACUAUGAAACAUACUUGGAAUACAUUUCUCGGACCUCACAGUCGGUUCCAGAUAUAACAGAUCGGCCACCUCAUUCUUUGCACUCAAUGCCAGCUGAUGGUCAACUAGAUGGCACGUAUCCACCACCCGUCCAUGACGACAAUGUGUCUAUGGCUUCAUCUGGGGCCACCCAAGCUGAACUUAUGACCUUAACCAUUGUGAAAGGGGCCCAGGGCUUUGGCUUCACUAUUGCCGACAGUCCUACAGGACAGCGGGUGAAACAAAUACUUGACAUUCAGGGAUGCCCUGGCCUGUGUGAAGGCGACCUCAUUGUUGAGAUCAACCAGCAGAAUGUACAGAACCUGAGCCAUACAGAAGUAGUGGAUAUACUUAAGGACUGUCCUGUUGGAAGUGAGACUUCUUUGAUUAUCCAUCGAGGAGGUUUCUUUUCUCCAUGGAAAACUCCAAAGCCUAUGAUGGACCGCUGGGAGAAUCAAGGCAGUCCUCAAACGAGUUUAUCUGCUCCGGCCAUACCGCAGAAUCUGCCCUUCCCACCCGCCCUUCACAGGACUUCCUUCCCUGACUCAACAGAGGCCUUUGACCCAAGGAAGCCUGACCCAUACGAGCUCUACGAGAAAUCUAGAGCGAUUUAUGAAAGUAGGCGUCCAGAUUAUAAAGAGCUGGAUGUCCACCUUCGCAGGAUGGAGUCUGGAUUUGGCUUCAGAAUCCUCGGCGGAGAUGAGCCUGGGCAGCCUAUUUUGAUUGGCGCCGUCAUUGCCAUGGGUUCAGCCGACAGAGACGGCCGCCUACACCCAGGAGACGAGCUUGUCUAUGUUGAUGGGAUUCCAGUGGCUGGCAAGACCCACCGCUAUGUCAUCGACCUGAUGCACCACGCAGCCCGAAACGGGCAGGUCAACCUCACUGUGAGAAGGAAGGUGCUAUGUGGAGGGGAGCCCUGCCCAGAGAACGGGAGGAGUCCAGGCUCCGUGUCAACCCACCACAGCUCUCCGCGCAGUGACUAUGCCACCUACACCAACAGCAACCACGCUGCCCCCAGUAGCAAUGCCUCUCCACCUGAAGGCUUUGCCUCCCACAGUCUGCAGACCAGCGAUGUGGUCAUUCACCGUAAAGAGAAUGAAGGCUUCGGCUUUGUCAUCAUCAGCUCCCUGAACAGACCUGAGUCCGGAUCCACUAUCACUGUGCCCCAUAAAAUCGGACGCAUCAUCGAUGGGAGUCCCGCAGAUCGCUGUGCAAAACUGAAAGUGGGAGACCGGAUCUUGGCAGUGAAUGGCCAGUCCAUCAUCAACAUGCCUCAUGCAGACAUCGUGAAGCUCAUCAAGGACGCGGGUCUCAGUGUCACCCUCCGCAUCAUUCCUCAGGAGGAGCUCAACAGCCCAGCCUCGGCGCCCAGCUCAGAGAAGCAGAGCCCGAUGGCCCAGCAGAGUCCACUGGCCCAGCCAAGCCCGGCCACCCCCAACAGUCCUGUUGCCCAACCAGCUCCUCCUCAGCCACUUCAGCUGCAAGGACACGAAAAUAGUUACAGGUCAGAAGUAAAAGCAAGGCAAGAUGUGAAACCAGACAUCCGACAGCCUCCAUUCACGGACUACAGGCAGCCGCCACUGGACUACAGGCAGCCACCGGGAGGAGACUACCAGCAACCCCCACCCUCGGACUACAGGCAGCCUCCCCUGUUGGACUACAGGCAGCACUCACCUGACACCAGGCAGUAUCCUCUGGCAGACUACAGGCAGCCCCAGGAUUUUGAUUAUUUCACUGUGGACAUGGAGAAAGGAGCCAAAGGAUUUGGAUUCAGCAUUCGUGGAGGAAGAGAAUACAAAAUGGAUUUGUACGUGUUGAGAUUGGCAGAAGAUGGGCCUGCAAUAAGGAACGGAAGGAUGAGGGUAGGAGAUCAAAUCAUCGAAAUCAACGGGGAGAGCACAAGGGACAUGACACACUCCAGAGCGAUAGAACUCAUCAAGUCGGGAGGAAGAAGGGUCCGUCUCCUGCUGAAACGUGGGACGGGGCAGGUCCCGGAGUAUGACGAACCCAACUCCUGGAGUUCACCCGCUGCCGCCUCCCCAGGUCUGCCGGAAGUAGGCGUCUCCCUCGAGGACGUCCUCUCUCCAUUCUCUCCAUCACAUCCAGCCCCACCCUCCGACCCUUCCCACCAGAUAGGCCCAGACCCAACUUGGGAUAUCAAAAGGGAACACGACGUUAGGAAACCAAAGGAGCUUUCAACCGGCGGCCAGAAGAAGCAGCGCCUCGGGGAGCAGAGGGAGCGCUCGGCGAGCCCGCACAGGGCCGCUCGGCCGAGGCUUGAGGACGCGCCCAGCGGCCAGGGGCGGGAGGCCGGCAGGUCCUCCUCGGAGGCCAGGGCGCCCGGGCCCGCGGCGGCGGACGCGGCGGACGCGGCGCGGGCCGGCGGGAAGGAGGGGCCCCGCACUUCGGCGGGCCCCGAGCUCGGCCGGCGCGAAGGCCCUGGGGUUGCGCCUGCGUUCGCGGGCCCGGGCCGUGGCGGUGGCGCUGAGCGGCCGGGCGCGCGGGAGGCGGAGGGCAGGGCGGGCGCGCGCGCGGGGCCCCGGCAGGGCGCGCGGCCCCCGGGGGGCGCCCCCACGCGCAAGGCCGCCGUAGCGCCCGGGCCUUGGAAAGUGCCCGGCUCCGACAAGCUGCCGGGCGUCCUCAAGCCGGGCGCCUCGGCUGCGGGCAGAUGAGCCGCGCGGCAGCAGCCCGCCGCUCCGCCUCGACGCCUGCAGGCCGUUCUUCUUAGGUUCCGUCUCACGGCGUUUUAAUUUAUUUUCACUGUCACACGCAUAGAUCCACGAGGCACCAAGGCCUGGGAGCAUCGAUGUGAAGUCCCACGUGUCCAGCGAGCAUGGGCGGCACGGCGUCCACGCGCAGACCUAAACUGAUCCUAAAGCCCUCGGUUCCAUUGUGGGGGCUUUGGCAGCUAUGGAAGAACCAAAAUAACGUGAAGAACAUCACAGAGAGACAGUGCAGUGUAGCUUUAGUUUAAAAGAAAAAAAAAAUUAAAAAGAAAGAGAAAAAAAAAUUUUACCCCCACUGCAUGAAGGAUUUGGAUGCUAUCCAAACUCUAAUAUCAAGAAACUGGACAAGUUAAGAGCAAUCACAAACUGGAAUAUCGCCUUAAAAAUCAAACUGCACGGAGCAAGCUGAAACUGAGACAAGAUUAUAUCUUUUAAUUGAUCUAAAGAGUUGUAAAUAAAUUGUUGUCGACAUAUCUAGACAGGGGUUAAAAGGUUUCUUUGAAACAUUCGGAACUGUUCGCCCAUGACGUGUUUCCAUGGCUCACCCGUGGCAUCCAUCACCGGUAUUAGCAGUAACGUUCCCUGCAUACCGCAGGACGAGUUAGAAAGCUAGUGAAUUCAUUGGUGUGAUGCCAUCUUUACUGCCAUUUCUGUGAUCAAAUCAUAUUUCUGUACAUUUUCAGUGGUAGAAAAAAAAGGUUUAAAAAAAUUGUAUCUUAGGGAACAGAUUGCCAUAAGUCAGAAUUUUGCAGUUUAGCUCAUAGAUCUUAAUUGGUUUUCAUCUAAAAUAUGCAUUUUAUAAUUGAAGGACCACAAUUUGUUUAAUCAAGAUUGGCAAGGCUGCAGUUUCUUUAUGAAGAGGCUUUCCUAUUGUCUCAGGCUAGCAAAGAUAGUAGCUUCUUUGACAUAAGUGUUCUAUUUCACUUAUUUUAUUGUCUUUUUUAAAACCCCCUUUCCGGUAUUUCAUUUUCACUUUGGUAGAGCAGAGGCAAAGUGUUUCUCCUGUAUUUCUCAGAUUAUAAUGGAUCCCUAAUAUUCAAAAAUCAUACAAGGGCCAAUUUAUUUUCAUAAAAGAACGUGAGCCUUUUAGCAUUCUUUUCUGCUUUAUUCUCACCUUAUUCUUUCUCCUUUUAUUUUCAUUUGGUUUGCUUUUUUGUCUUUGUAGUCUUUGCCAUUUUUAAAUUUCUUUAGCAGCUUCUAGAUGUUUCUGUUUAUCUUCAUUGAUCUAUGGUUGAUCCCCUGGCAGAAUACUAAGGCUUGCCUUUCUUCCCUGCCCUUUUAAUAUUCCUUUGUAAAAUGUUACCUUCAGUUAAUUAUCCAUUGGUACUUAUUUGUAGCUACACAUAUUAAAAGGCAAACUGUUUCUGAGGGCAGUUUCUUUUUUAAUUUGUCCUGAAUGAAUGAGGCUUCAUCCUUCCCAGAUACUGGCCCUUACAGGAGUUCAAAUGCAAAUAAGCCUCACCUCCCUGAACUUGUAGUCAAAUAAGUAAAACAGGAGAUCAGGUCCAUCACCCAAGGUCACACAUAAUAGCCUCCCUCCGUUGACUUUCCAUCUCUGUAAAUUGCAGUAACCUGAGCACUAGCCAUUUAAUUUCCAUCAGGCAUAGGAGUAGUUCAGUUGUUUGACAAGAGGAGAAUAUGGUCAAAAGCCUCAAGUGAAGAAUCUUGCGGCCUGUAAAAGCAAUUGCCAAAAAUGGAAUCCAUUCAUCAUAAACAAAAGCACAAACACAUGUAGCAGUUUACAGUACUUUUUGGUUUAAUCUCAAUUAGUCUUUCUCCCCUGGACUAGAAAUCCAGUAUAGUUUGCCAUUAAUUUAUUGAAUCUGGUUUUGGACAAUGCUUCUGUAGUGUAGCUGCACGUCCCGGUACUGUAUCCUCUGACCUUUAUUUUUCAUGUGUUACAAAAGGAUAAAAAAGUUGAGAUUACGCUUGCAUAAACUCUAAUUUGCACAGUUCACAGCUACUACUUGUGCAGUAAUUGCUUUAUGCGGCUGUAAUCCAUAACCUGUGAAGACAGCACAUCAUCUAAAUCCCAUUCCAAAUAAUAUUUCUGUGUAGUGUUAGCUGUGAAUUUACCUUGUACAGCUGUAUCUCUAUAAAUAUAAUUCCAUGUAUUAAUAGUCACAGAAAGACUGUAAGUGAGCAACUAUUUUUAUGAAACGCACCACUAUGGAUAAAUUAACUUUUACAGAAAUCUUGUUUACUGUAUGAUAUUCUAAAACACUGUCAAAUAAAAUAUAUAUCCAAAAA